AAUGAAUCCACUUGAACCUUAGCAAUAAACACAAUCUCUCAGUUACCAUAAUAAUGGAUUCUCAAUCUCUUCUUCAACCUCUCAAUAUGGCAGUCUUUUUCACUCUCCCUUUCUUGGUUCUGCUGACACUUCUGAUCUUCCGUCGUCUCCGGCCAAAACUACCCUUUCCACCUGGCCCAAAAGGCCUCCCCUUCAUCGGUAAUAUGCUCAUGUUAGACCAGCUCACUCACCGUGGUCUCGCCAAACUUGCCGCACGCUACGGCGGAAUCUUCUAUAUGCGCAUGGGCUUUCUUAACAUGUUCACUGUCGCCGAUCCUGACAUCGCUCGCCAAGUUCUUCAGGUCCAUGAUAGUAUUUGUUCUAAUCGUCCGGCCACUAUCGCCAUAUCUUACUUAACCUACAGUCGUGCCGAUAUGGCUUUUGCUAACUACGGCCCAUUCUGGCGACAAAUGCGUAAGAUUUGCGUCAUGAAAUUAUUCAGCCGAAAGCGAGCUGAGUCAUGGCAAUCGGUCCGAGAUGUGGUAGACAACACUGUUAAAAAAGUCGCUGUCCAAACAGGGACCGCUGUGAAUGUUGGGGAGCUAGUGUUUGAACUAACGAGAGAUAUUAUUUAUAGAGCUGCGUUUGGGACGAGCACAUUACAGGGUCAAGACGAGUUUAUAAGUAUCUUGCAGGAAUUCUCUAAGCUUUUUGGAGCUUUCAAUAUCGCUGAUUUCAUUCCGGGUCUUAGAUGGAUUGACCCUCAAGGUUUGAACAAGAGGCUCAUUGAGGCUCGUCAAUCCCUCGACAAAUUCAUCGAUUCCAUAAUCGACGAACACAUAAUGAAAAAAAGGAACGCUUCUUCAAAAUUAUCAAAUUACAAGCUCGAAACUGAGAGUGAUAUGGUAGAUGAGUUACUGGCUUUUUACAGUGAUGAUUCAUCGAUAAUAAAUGAAUCAAAUGAUAUACAAAACAACAUCAAACUCAACCGUGACAACAUCAAAGGCAUCAUCAUGGAUGUUAUGUUUGGUGGAACGGAGACGGUAGCGUCGGCGAUAGAGUGGGCCAUGUCGGAGCUAAUGAGAAGCCCAGAAGAUUUAAAGAAAGCACAGCAAGAACUCUCCCAAGUCGUUGGUCUCCAACGACGUGUCGAAGAAACCGACCUCGACAACUUGACUUUCUUAAAGUGCUGUCUCAAGGAGACCAUCCGGCUGCACCCGCCGAUCCCACUCCUCCUCCACGAGGCAGCGGAGGACGCGGUCAUCGCCGGCUACUUCAUUCCGGCAAAAUCUCGAAUCAUGGUGAACGCGUGGGCCAUCGGGAGGGAUCCGGCCUCAUGGGACGACGCCGAGACAUUCCGGCCGGCCAGGUUUCUAGAAGAAGGAGUCCCAGAUUUCAAAGGGAACAACUUCGAGUUCAUUCCGUUCGGAUCGGGAAGGCGGUCUUGCCCAGGGAUGCAGCUGGGUCUAUACGGACUUGAGAUUGCGGUGGCCCACUUGUUGCACUGUUUCGAUUGGGAAUUGCCGGAUGGGAUGAAGCCAAGCGAAAUGGACAUGAGCGACGUCUUCGGGUUGACAGCUCCGAGAGCGACCCGGCUUGUGGCUGUGCCCACAAAACGGGUUUUGUGUCCACUUCUGUGAUGGAUAUAAUUUGAAAAUGGUAUCUUUUAUUUUCAAUUACCAAGUUUACAAAAAGAAGAAGAAACAAAGAAAGCAGAGCUGAAAAUCUAGGUGGGUUUGAUGAUUGUGCAUAUAUAUAUGGAUGUAAAAAAAAGUCCAUCUCAAUAAUUUUUUCUCUCAUUUUAAUGAAACAGUAAUUGUAUUUUGCGUUUAUGGACCUACGUCUUCUACCUUUGAAUAAAUUGAAAAGGGUUUGAUUCCAUGAAA